GGGAAGAUGUCGGGCGUCUGAAUUGCCGCUGCUAUCGCGCUUUGCGCCCUAGCGCAGAGCUGCCACUGGGGGGGGAUCGGUGUCGAGAGCAGAGCUCUAACCGCGUGUCCCCCGCAGGUCCCGCCGCGCUGUGUCCCGCAGGAUGUCGCUCCAUGCUAUACUCAGGGCCGCGGCCUCGCUGCGCGGCUGUGUCCUCGGGGCGCCGCCGACCGCCGCCAUGGCUACGCUGAACCAGAUGCACCGGCAGGGCCGGCCCAAGCCGCCGCCUCCCAGGCUGGGGGCCACCUUCGGCCGCCCGCAGCUGAAGGGGGUGGUGGUGAAGAACCUCAUCCGCAAACCUAAGAAGCCCAACUCAGCCAACAGGAAAUGCGUGCGGGUGCGGCUGAGCAACGGGCGGGAGGUGGUGUGCUUCGUGCCCGGCGAGGGCCACAACCUGCAGGAGCACCACGUGGUGUUGGUGCAGGGCGGCCGCACGCAAGACCUGCCGGGGGUGAAGCUGACCGUCGUGCGGGGGAAGUACGACUGCGCCCACGUGCAGAAAAAGAAGUGAGCGUGGCCGCAGGGACCUCGUGUUUAUAUUCAUUAAAGCGUGGUACUCCUGGA